GUCAGGAGGUCAGGAUGGAUGACUCGGAAGCAGUUUGCGACGGAACCCGUCGAAGGAGUCGGCCAUGGAUCCGUAUCCUCGGUCCUCUAUCGAGGAUGACUUCAACUAUGGCACCAGUGUGGCUUCGGCCAGCGUUGAUAUCCGCAUGGGAUUUCUGCGCAAGGUUUACAGCAUCUUAUCCGUACAAAUUAUUCUGACUACGGUGAUGUCUGCUGUUUUCCUGCAUAGCAACACUGUCAAGGAAUUUGUUCAUGCUAGUCCCUCGUUGGUGUUGAUAACGGCCUUGGGAUCUCUGGGUCUCAUAAUUGCUCUGGCAAUCUACAGACAUCAGCAUCCUGUUAAUUUGUAUCUUCUGUUUGGGUUUACCCUUCUUGAGGCUUCUACUGUGGCUACCAUUGUUACUUUCUAUGACUAUUCAGUAGUUCUGCAAGCAUUUGUUCUAACGACUGCUGUGUUCAUUGCAUUGACUGUCUACACGUUUCAGUCGAAGAGAGAUUUCAGUAAAUAUGGAGCAGGCCUCUUUGCAUGUCUGUGGAUUUUGAUCCUGGCUGGAUUUUUUAAACUUUUCUUCUGGAGCGACACAAUGGAACUUGUACUUGCAUCUGCAGGAGCUCUGCUCUUCUGUGGCUUUAUCAUCUAUGAUACACAUGUACUGAUGCACAAGCUUUCACCUGAAGAAUUUGUACUGGCUUCAAUUAACUUGUACUUGGAUGUCAUUAAUCUCUUCUUACAUAUUCUCCGAAUCCUUCAAUCACUUAACAAAAAGUAACAGAUGAUUGAUAAUUACAGAAAAGAAUCUAACUAUGUCUCUAACUGUAAAAUUUGUGAAAGAAUGCACUUUGUGUAUGGAUUUCCUGUUUAAUUUUAUUAGCUAACUUUGUUCUUAAUUGAUUAUUUAUAUUCACUGUCUGAUGUAGAUAAUUUUGAGUAUAAUCAGUUUGUACAGUUUUUCGUUGAGGGCAAUCAGGGCUGCUUUUGGAGAAUAGCUUUAAAGAAAAAUUAUUAUAAAUUGAAAAUGUGUGCCAAUCCAGUCUUAAGUUCAGCAAUGUUUUGUUGGCUUUGCUUGGUUUGGAUGUAGAUCUUUAAAACUUAUAAAAGUUUCUCUGGAUGGAUAAGUUUUGUUGAACUGGGACAAAGCUGUUUCGAUUUGGUGUGGAUUCAGUUAAGAUUGUUCUCAUUUUUUUCAUGAAAUACCUCUUUAUUUACUUAUUAUUGGAAUGCUUAUGGAUCGAACCCCUAUUCUGUAAAAGCUCCUUUUGUUCAGAUGGAUGCAUCACCCUUUAAAUAAAAUUUGAGCAACUUGCCCUUUC